CUCUGAACGCAGCGUGUUGGCGGUCGCCGGGGCCCAGCGUUUCUGCCCAGCAUGGGUAGCGGGGCUUCGGGUGCGGGCAACGCCCGCACCGAGAGCAAGGAAGGUCAUGAACCCGAGACCGGCGCCGCGGGCGUUCCGGGCUUCGGCGCCUUCCGAAACUGGUUGGAAUGGGUUCAGAACAGCAAAAAGAUUAUGGGUUUCAAACCCACCGUGGAUUUCCUGAAUCUGUGUGCAUCGCCCAACACCAGCCUGCAAACCUACCUGAGAGCCAUCAUCCACGAGGUUAUGCGCACCUUGGAUGCGGAUCGCUGUUCCAUCUUUUUCGUGGACGACAUGCGCAAGGAGGUCUGGUGUGUGGGUUCCUUGGACAUGGAGCCUUUCAAGUUGGACUGGGCCAAAGGCAUUGUGGGAAUGGUGGCCAAUGAGGGUCAGAUUGUGAAUCUCCCAGAUGCACAUGACCAUCCCGCCUUUGAUGGGGAAAUCGAGAAGAAAACGGGCUAUCGAGUGAAGGGCCUUUUAUCGCUGCCCGUAAAGAGCACCAUCAACUUGGAGAGAACGAUUGGAGUGAUCCAGGUCUUGAACAAGAGAAACGGCAGCGGCUCCUUUUCGGAGCAAGACGCUGUCGAGCUCCAACAGAUCGCGAUGGUCAUUGGCGACUCCUUCUAUCGCCAACGCUGGAAAGCUCUAGAGACGCUCUUCGAGAAGGGCGAUGAACAAGUCUCUGCCGUGCUGAAUGAGCACAGAGAGAGGUUAGUCUACAGCAGCAAUGGACCUGGGAUGAGCACGCCCCCAGAGAUUCUGCGGUCCAUCAGCCGCCAGCCAUUUCUGCGAGCGCAUUCGCCCCUGCAAGUGGAAGAUUUAAUGUCCCUGGACUUCGACGUUCUCACGCAGACAGAGGACUUCCUAGAAGAGUUGGUGCCCGACAUCCUGAGACACGCCGGAUGUAUUGAGAAUUGCAAAAUCCCCGAGGAGCGGCUGAUGACUUGGUCGGAAGCCGUGCACCAGGGCUACCGUGAGAACCCCUUUCACAACUGGUACCACGGCUUUGGCGUCUACCAGAUGUGCUUCCACCAGCUGAGUUUGAUCGAUACCUUCAGCGGCCUUACUGCGACGGAGGGCUUUGGGCUUCUGGUGGCGUCCCUGUGCCACGACAUCGAUCACCCAGGUGUGACCAAUGGCUAUUUGAUCAGGCAGCAAGAUGACUUGGCCUUGCGUUACAAUGAUGUGUCAGUGUUGGAGAACCACCAUGCGUCAGUGGCCUGCACCAUUUUGCGCGCCGAGAAGACCAACAUCAGCAGUGGAUUGGAGAAAGUGGAGCAGGGAGUGUUCCGCAAGGCAAUCAUCAAGUGCAUUUUGGCCACAGACAUGGCACAUCAUCAGGGUCUGUGCCAGAAACUCAUAGGUUGUAACAGCUCGGAACAAUUCCAAUCAACCGUGGCCGAAGAUUCGCAAUUUCUGAUGAACGUCUGCGUCCACGCCGCGGACUUGUCGGCGCAAGUACUGAAGUGGGAAACCGCCAGGAAAUGGGAAGAGCGAAUCUGCCAAGAGUUCACGGCACAGGCAAAGAAGGAAACAGACAUGGGCAUCACCCCGGAGCCCUUCAUGCAGUUCAAGAUGGAGGACAUGAAGCUUCGCGGGAAACUCCAGCGGGACUUCAUCGACUUCGUCUUGCGUCCCCUGUGGGAGCCGUAUACUCAGUUGGAGCCGCAAAUGCAGCGCUGCUUGACCAACUUGAUCAAGAACCGCAACCUCUAUGAGUUGCGUCGGAUCUAUGGCAGCGAUCAACUGGAUGAGAUGCCAGACGAUAUGGAUCUGCUGUUGCCCAACAACCCCGUGGUUCGCCCGGUGCACCCAAAGCCGCCCGCCGGGCCGGCGCCGGCCUCGAACGGCGGCACGCCGCGCUGAGAGGAGGACCAAGACUGGUGCGACCUCCCUCGAGUGACAUACUUGGCAGACACACAUGGAGAUGUCUGAUAAUGGUCUGUAC